AUGGCCAAACAAAAAUUCGGCUUAACAGUUAAUAAAGCUGAAAAUUUUUCUAGUUGGUACACACAAGUACUUGUUAAAGGAGAAUUUCUUGAUUACUAUGAUGUCAAAGGGUGUUACAUUCUAAGACCUAACGGCUAUUUUAUCUGGAAUGAAAUAAGAAAGUGGUUUACAAAUGAAAUAGAAAAGUUGGGUGUAGAGGAAUGCUUAUUUCCUAUGUUGAUACCUAAAACAUUUUUGGAAAAAGAAGAAUCACAUAUUAGUGACUUUUCUCCAGAGGUUGCUUGGAUAACAAAAUGUGGAAAUGAAGUUCUGCAUGAACCUGUCGCAAUAAGACCCACGUCUGAAACAGUUAUGUAUCCAUCUUUUGCCCGAUGGAUUAGCAGUCAUCGAGAUCUUCCUCUUAAGGUCAAUCAGUGGUGCAAUAUUUUACGGUGGGAGUUGCGAGGUACAACGCCUUUAAUUAGAAGUAAAGAAAUUCUCUGGCAAGAAGGACACACAGCUCAUAUCGAUAAAGAAGAAGCAGACAAAGAAGUUUUAGAUAUAUUAGAUUUGUACUACAGAAUGUACAAAGAAUUAUUAGCUGUGCCUGUUAUAAAAGGACUUAAAACAGAAACAGAGAAAUUUGCAGGUUCUGAUUACAGUACAACUGUUGAAGGGUUUAUUCCACAAGCGGGUAAAGGAAUACAAGCUGCUACAUCGCACCAUCUUGGACAGAAUUUUAGUAAAAUGUUUGAUGUUAAAGUACAAGUAGAUGAUGGUGUAUCAGAUUUUGUUUAUCAAAAUUCAUGGGGAAUGACUACCAGAUCGUUAGGAAUUGCAGUAAUGAUACAUUCUGAUGAUAAAGGAUUGGUUUUACCACCUAAAGUUGCAAAAAUACAGGUAGUUAUUAUACCAUGUGGUUUAAGUGUUAAAACUAGUACUGAAGAUAAAAAUAAAUUAUUAAAAGUAAUAAACAGAAUAAAGAAUCAGUUAUUAUUCUCUAAAAUACGUGUACAUAUAGAUGAUCGAGACAAUGUUACUGUUGGAUAUAAAUUUAAUCACUGGGAGAUAAGAGGUGUUCCAAUAAGAAUUGAAAUAGGGCUUAAAGAUUUAGAAAAAAAUGAGAUGUGCAUUUAUAAACGAAAUACAGGUACUAAGAAUCAGUAUACAAUUGAUGAUAAUGUUACUGAAAAAAUACAGUUACUUAUUAAUGAUAUACAUGAAGAAAUGUACAAUACAGCACUUAAAGAACAAGAAAGUAAAAUUUUAUAUAUUAAUAACAUUUUUGAUUUCGUAAAAAAAUUAGAUGAAAAUUGUAUUUUAAUGACACCUUGGUGUGAAUCUUCGCAGUGUGAAGAAAAGAUAAAAACUAUGAGUACUAAAUUUGAAGAUGAAAAAAUUUUGAUUGCAGGUGCUAAAUCGUUGUGUAUUCCUUUUGAGUCUAGAAAAAUUGAACACGAAACUUGUAUUAUUUGUAAAAGUGCUUGCAAGAGAUACACUUUAUUUGGUAGAAGUUAUUAA